CUCAGCCAUGAAAAAUCAGACAUCAGUGACAGAGUUCAUCCUUCUAGGACUAACAAAAGACCCAGAGUUCCAGGUUAUAAUUUUCCUUUUUCUGUUUCUUACCUAUAUAUUAAGUGUGACUGGCAAUCUGACCAUCAUCACCCUCACCUUGCUGGACUCUCACCUAAAGACUCCCAUGUAUUUUUUCCUCAGAAAUUUCUCUUUCUUAGAAAUAUCAUUUACAUCUGUUUGCAUACCUAGAUUUCUGGUCAGUAUAGUAACCAAGGACAAUACAAUUUCCUAUAAUUCUUGCAUAACUCAAGUGUUUUUUUUAAUCCUCCUUGGUGCAACAGAAUUUUUUCUUCUGGCUGCCAUGUCCUAUGAUCGGUAUGUGGCCAUCUGCAAACCCCUACACUACAUGACCAUAAUGAGACCCAAAAUAUGUAGCCAGCUUGUAAUCAGCUCUUGGCUGGCAGGUUUUCUCAUUAUCUUUCCACCAGUCAUCAUGGGCCUCCAGCUAGAUUUCUGUGAUUCCAAUGUCAUUGAUCACUUCACCUGUGACUCUUCUCCCAUGCUGAUGAUUGCUUGCACAGAUACCAAAGUCUUAGAGGUCAUGAGUUUUUGCUUAGCUUUAUUCACACUCAUAGUGACUUUGGCAUUAGUGAUACUCUCCUAUGCAUUCAUUCUCCAAACCAUUCUGAGAAUUCCCUCUACCCAACAAAGGAAAAAGGCUUUUUCCACUUGUUCCUCCCACAUGAUUGUUGUCUCCAUUUCUUAUGGGAGCUGUAUUUUCAUGUAUGUCAAACCCUCAGCAAAGGAAGAAGUAGCUUUAAAUAAAGGGGUAGCAGUGUUGAAUACUUCUGUUGCCCCCAUGCUAAACCCAUUCAUUUAUACUCUAAGAAACCAGCAAGUGAAGCAAGCCUUUAAGGAUGUGAUCAGAAAAAUCCAAAAGAUAUCUAUGAGAUAG